AUGAAACCUAACAAUUCUUAUACGAUAACAUUUCCUAUUUGGUAAUGUGAAUAAUGGUCUGCUUUAAAAGGUAGAUUGAAAUUAACAGAUGAGAAUGUAGUUAUAGCUAGAUGGAAUGAAGCUAAAUAUUUGGAUGAAGAAUUAGCAAUUUUGGGAUCAUAUGAUAGAAUUAAACCUAAUGCUGAAACAAAGUUAUUAAAACCUUAAAUAUGUUUAUUGCCCUCUAUAUUGUAAAUAGUAAAAACAAAUACUUAUACAGAUAUUAUAUUAGAGAAUGUUUCUUAGUGGUAAUUGAUUAAUGGAGAUUUGUCUAAACUUUUAUUAAUAUAUUUUGGAUAUGAUUUAUAUUAAGGUUAUCAACCUAGAGAUUGUACAAUUGAAAAUAUAAUGAAGAAUGGUGAUUCUAUAGUAAUUUUAGAUUUCGGUUUAAAAAAAAGACUAGAAAAUUAUUGUGUCUAUUGGAAUCCAUUGAUAUUAAAAGGAAAACCUUGUAGAUCAUCUUAUUAAUGGUCUCUUGGUAUUUUAUAUUUGGUAAUGACUUAAGGAGUAUCAAUUUUAAAUGAAGUAUAAAAAAUAAUAGCAGAAUGGUUAUAAGGAGGUCGUUUAGAUAUAGGAUCUCUAAUUACAAAUAAGAAACCAACAAUAUAGAAUUUGAUUACUUCACUUCUGAAUCCAGAAAAUCCUAUUUAAUGGAAUUAAAUUCCAUUUCAUUUAGCUUUCAGAGAAGAUAAUGCAUGUAAAUAGAUAUUAAAAGAUUAUCGAAUAAAAUUUAAUAGAAAUGAAGUUAAAUGUAGAUCUUCAUCUAGGAUGAGUAGUAGAGAUGAUUCUAACUCUCUUAUUAAUUUUAUAUAAUAACAGAAUUGUAAUAAGACAUAAAAAGUACCCGAAUAAAAUCUAUUAAAUUAAUCUUUAACUACUAAAAUCAUUAAUAUGUAAAGAAUGCAGCAAGAGAAUGUUAAAAAUGUUUUAGGAAAUAGAUAUUCAUCAGUCUAAAAUAGAUNUAUAUAGAGUUUUAAGUAUUGGAAAUUGAAAGUUGAAAGAGAAGGAUGGAAUAGAAUAAUGAUUGAUUGA